CGACUGGAUCGUCAACGAUCGAUAUUAGUUUGAAAAGUGACUCCAAUCGAGUAGCAACUUAUCCUGUCGCAAAUUUAAAUACAAUUUUAAAAAAAAUCAAUCAACAUGUCUUUGCAACGUCAAGUAGCAGCUAAGAUCGCUAGCAAACGUGAUCCAGUUCAGGACAAAGAAGCCCAAGAAUGGAUUGAAAGCGUCCUUGGAUGGAAAUUCCCAGCUGGUCAAGCAUACGAAGAUGUCCUUAAGGACGGUGUUGUUUGCUGCAAAUUGAUUAACAAAAUCAAGCCAGGAUCAGUUGCAAAGAUCAACGAAACUGGUGCCACAUUCAAAUUGAUGGAAAAUGUCCAAAACUUCCAAAAGGCAUUGAGAGAAUACGGUGUGCCAGACAUUGAUGUCUUCCAAACAGUCGAUCUCUUCGAAAAGAAGGACAUUUCUCAAGUCACAAACACAUUCUUCGCUCUUGGCCGUGCUGUAUGGAAAGACCCCAAGUGGACCGGACCAAAAUUGGGACCAAAACCAGCCGACCAAAACGAAAGAGAAUUCACUGAAGAACAAUUGAAAGCUGGUGAAACCAUCGUCGGUCUUCAAGCCGGUCAAAACAAAGGUGCCACACAAGCAGGUUCAAACAUGGGCGCUGGCCGUAAAAUCUUGCUCGGCAAAUAAGCAAAUCAAUCAUCAAUACCAUCAUAUCAGCAACUGAUGAAUAAUAGUCAAGCUGUAUAUUAAACAAUCCCAUUGCAGCAUUUUCACAAUUUUCUUUCAAAUUACUAUAUUCGUAUAUAUAUUUAAUGUUAUAAUAAUAUGACUUUUGUAAUAAAUUAUCACACACUGGUCAAGUAAA